CGGUGAACCUUGAACAUGCACUUUCACAACGGACUUUGCUAACCUGCAACAGUCAACACAGCCAAAGGCUUCAGUUUCGUAUUAAUAUUCCGCUCAUUCGAACCAGUCAAACCAUUGUCUCUCCUUGUCUGAAUUCUAAUUCACAGUAUUCGUAGUAUAUAUACUUUUCGCAUGAUAGGUCGAAAAAUUCUUGACCGUAUCGACGAAAACUUGCUCUCACCUAAAUCACACUCAAAGAACGAGGCUCGUACGGGGCUGAGGAUUGCGGGCUUGCGUAUAAACACCGGCCAUGUGGUGACGAGCACUGGAACAUUACUCAACGCGCCCAAAGACCGUAUUACGCCGACCUUAUCUGCAGUGACCUACACGCCAAACACGAGCCUUACCUUUGGAAGACCCAAUCCUACCACGGUUCUCAACUCUCCAAUGAGUGAAUCCUCUGGUGCAUCAGUCCGGCGACAGCAACGCUAUUCUCGGGCCGAGAAAGCUCUUGCCAACACCCUGCAACAAUGCAAGCCUGAGCCUUCUCCCCAGGACUUGCAGAUCCGAGCUCUAGAACAGGCAACCGCUUUGCUCAGCGUACACGCCCAUGAUGCGCAGGAACGAGCCACAAGGCUUCGCAACGUCCUUUCAGACAAGGAAAUCGACCCUGAGAACUACAUCGCCUAUCAGCGCGAGCGGUGGAUGGAGGAACGAAGACAGUUUGCAGCGACGAGCGAGGUGAAGGAGCUGAGUCAGCAUCUGGCGUCACUGAAGGUUCACAAGGAUGAUCGGGAUCUGGGUGAAUCCGGACAGGUUGGAGUGCGGAUAUUGGGUAAGACCGUCGAUAGCGAGGCAAAAAGGCAUGCCAACCUUGCCAGGUUUUUUGAGCUAUCACCCACGAGGACUACGUUUGGGACUGGUCAUAAAGACACGCUCAUGCCUGCCAUGCAGUCCUCUCGCCGGAUGACGAUGAGCGACGUCUCGCCUCUGCGCCUUCGGCCCACCUCCGUCGUAACUCCUAUCCAGAAAUUUGCAAGAGCGCAUGCACGCUCGAUUUCUUUGGGCAGCAAACCCCCUGUUCCCACUCGUUCUGCAAAACGGCCAGCUGUCGGAGGAACGAAUAGAGGGUCACUCACAAUGGUUGCAGAGGAUGUUGUCGCAAGCAAUGUCGUGGACUCUUCUGUUACAUCCACCCCACCUCUUUCUCCCACUUCUAAUGCACCCUCUUCGUCCAGCACCAUUGUGACCCAACCUAGCGAGAACGGAGGCGUUGCCACAAUCUACGCUCCAGUAAUGCCCCGCUCUACAGCUGAGAUUCUUUCUGAUCUUCGGGAUGAGGUGGAGAUCCCGAGUUACGCUAUGAGCUUGUUGGAAGAUUUCGAUCUUAUCCACGAUGAUAUCAGACUACCUCCCGUGUCAUUGACAAAGCAGAGGGCGUUCCCUCCUAGGUCACUCCUCCUGUCGCCUCCGGGACUUGCUGAUACGCCAGCUCCUUCAGAAGAGUCGGAUACUGGUCCUUAUACUUCCUUUGCAUUACCUUCACCGGCUUCUUCUCCUUCGCCGUCAUCUCGAAAUAACCUGCCCUUCCAAACACCACCACAGCAGAGGCAACACUCGCUUAUGUCUCCUGAUUACUCGAACAUGUCAGGUUCCAGUACACCAUCUACACCAGGUACUCCCAAGUUGCGCCAUGGAUCACCUUCCCGCAACCCCCUACUAUCGCUCAUUCAUGGACGCAAGGAUAUGGGUGGUGGCAGUCCAGCGUCUUCCCGUUCGCACGUGGAUGGUAGCUCACUUGGUUCCAGACGGCGGUUUGGGUUCUUUUCCAGAAAGUAGUAGUCAACCUUUCAUUGUCUCUGGACUCUCGAGCGGGUCAAUUCUGGUUCCAAUUUUUGAUUCGCGAUGUCUUGAAUUUGUUGCUUUCUGCUUUGCUUGGACUGGACACUACAUUCUUCGCGUUGCUGUACUGUAUCAUGCAUCUUAGUCACCAUUAGCAUAAGUCGAACUGUUUCUAUGCCACUAAAUCCAUGUGAGUGGUUGGCCAUAGUAUCGUAUCAUGGUCCGAUCUUAAUAUUCUUGAAGACUAAAUUUUACAGAGGUAGUGCAUGAUUCACCCUCUAUCCAAAUGUUGUUGUGGUAGUGUGUGGGACACAUAGGACACUUAUAUCAAAUAUAUUUUAGUGAUGCAA